AUGUCGAGCGCCCUUGCGGGAGCUGCCAACGAACAUGUCGCAGAUACCGACGAAUUUGACUUUGGUGACGGAGACGAUUUCGAGCUGGACGAGUCGGCGCUGCUUGCUCUUGAGGCGGAAGCGAAUUCCAUGAGAGCCGCCGGACCCUCCAAGCCCAGAGCACCACCCUCAGCGCCGGCCCUUCCUUGCACACCCAAGAGAGCAGCCAACUUGCCACGACGCUUGACUCAGACGUCUGGACGUGCAAUACUUGCCUUCGAAACGCCCUUGGUUCCUCGCCGUGCCGCGUUCUUCGCCGACGAUCACAUGCAGCCGACACCACCGACUUCUUCGCCUCACUCCAACUUUGGCACGGGGAGUCAAAGCUCGUCAAGCAGACGUCGGUCACAGAGUCCGCGAGAAGAUCUGAGCAUGGCGCCGCCUGCAGCACCGCCAGCAAAGCCGCCAAGCAGUAGCAUUCAAGAGGUCAGGUUCAAUGCCGGUCCAGAUCAGGCGAAAGGCAAACAAAGAGCACAAUUGGACUUUGACGACUUUGACGAGGACGGGGAUGCGUCUCUAUGGGAUGAUGCGCUACUACGAGGUGUGGAUGCGAUCGAGGCGAAUCUGAAAGCGGGCGGUAGCGCGCAAGCGGUCAGUGAUGGCGAGACGCAUGUCGCUGCCCGAUCUACGAUGCGGCAGAGAAAUUUGUUCGGACAAAUUGUCGAAGAUUUGCCUCCUCAAUCGACCAAUCGAGAAUGGGACAAGGAUGCGUACAUGAGGGCAGCCGGCUUUGGUGGGUCUUCUGUAGGAGUGCUCUCUCAGACUGCGGGGCAGAGCUCUGGUGCGAGCAAGACGGGCCCGCGCGUCGCGAAGACCAAGCAAUGGGAUCGGACCGCGUACGCUAAGACGGGUCGACGCUACCGCAGAGAUACAGAAGCGAUGCGGCGCAAGAAGAAUGGCCUACCAGCGCCCAAAGACGAUGAGGAAGGCCAAAUGGACUGGGACAAUGCAAGACCCUAUGAACCUGCCAACGAGGCAAGAGACGUCAUUCCGGAGCUGCAGCCUAUGAAGCUCCGCAUCGAUGAGCAAGCUGCCAAGGAGUGGAUCUAUCCUACUAAUAAGGAGAAGCGAAGGUAUCAAUUCGACAUCGUGCAGAAAGCUCUGUACAGCAACACACUGGUUGCAUUGCCGACCGGUCUUGGCAAAACCUUCAUCGCUGCCGUCGUAAUCCUCAACUACUUCAAUUGGUUCCCGGACGGCAAGAUCAUCUUCGUGGCUCCUACGCGACCGCUUGUAGCCCAGCAGCAAUAUGCCUGCCACCGUAUAUGUGGUCUACCCUGGGAAACGGCCGUCGAGCUCACAGGAGCGACCAAAAGGGGCUUAAGAAACGAUCAGUGGGAGACGAAGCGCAUCUUCUACAUGACACCGCAAUGCUUCGAGAACGACCUUUGCUCGUCGGCCGUGGACGCACGCGAUGUUUGUUGCGUAGUGGUCGAUGAGGCUCAUCGCGCCACAGGCAACUAUGCUUAUGGCAAUGUCAUAAGGUACUUGACUCAGAGGAACCCGUAUUUCAGAAUUUUGGCCUUGACGGCCACGCCUGGCAACAAGAGCGAGAAGGUGCAAGAAGUGGUCGACAACCUGCACAUCAGCCACAUCGAAAUUAGAACGGAGGAAGCCAUUGACAUUAGGACUUACAUUCACAAGAAGGUGCGAGAACGGAGACCUCGUUUCCGUUGAUAGCUGGCGACACUGACGAGCCCUUCUGUCUGCAGCACGAACAUCCCGUCCUCGUGCCAAUGCGAGAUGAAGCCUCGCAGGUCCAGGCGGCCUGGGCAAAGUUAAUGAUAGUGAGAUGCACAUGCUCGCACGCCAGUUGACAUGUCUCCUGUAUCGCUACUCAUCUCCUUCUCUAUCCGACAGCCUGUCGUCGAUCCGCUCUUCAAGGCGCGCUUAAUACACAGUGCAGAUCCUGUGUCUCUGCAUCCCUUCGCUUUGAUAAGCGCCGGCAGGAAUCCCGGCAACAAGCCGAUCUUCGCUAAGAACGGUUCCCUUCGCGGAAAACUUGGAACACUCCAGGCUAUGGCCGCUGCCAUGCAGCUGCUCAACGAGCACUCAAUCACCAUGUUCCGCACGCGCGUGCAAGACUUCGCCGCGAAGAAGCGACCGGGCAUCAAUCAAGACUCUGCCGAAUUCAAACGCUUCCGAGUACAGCUCGACAGCCUCGAUCAGACACCCGAAAACAUGCUGCAUCCGAAGAUGGUGUACUUGCGGGACGUCGUCAAGACUCACUUUGUUGCAGAGCAAGAGCAGGGCCGUAGCAGCGACACUCGUGUCAUGAUUUUUUGCUCGUACCGAGAAUGCGUGAAGGAGAUUGUCGAGUUUCUGAACACGAUCGACGAUAUCAAGGCUGUACAAUUCAUUGGCCAGUCGGCAGAUCGCACAGGUGGCAGUGGCAUGAAUCAGAAAGCCCAGGAAAAGGUGAGUGCAGGCAGGCUUAGCAUGAGUACGUGGAGGGCUGAUCGCCGCGCUCAACCUGAACGAGCAGAUCAUUUUUCAAUACCGGCAAGGCUACUACAACGUGCUAGUCGCCACUUCAAUCGGCGAGGAAGGCCUCGACAUUGGAGAAGUUGACCUGAUCGUGUGCUACGAAGCUGUCAAAGAUUCGGUCCGCAUGGUGAGCAGAUAAAGCGCAGAGCUCCCCAGUCCAGCCUUGCAGCUCAUUACGCUUUGCUCUCAACAGUUGCAACGUGUCGGCCGCACGGGACGUAAGCGUGAUGGCAAAAUUGUCGUGCUCAUGUCAGAGGGGCGUGAGGAGAAGCUUUGGGCCCAGUCCAAGGACAAUUACAAGUCUGUUCAGAAAGACAUCACCAGAGGCCUUAAUUUGGAGCUCUUCGGCGACGUUCCGAGAUUGGUGCCCAAGCACAUCAAGCCCACUGUCGUCAUGCGUGAUGUCGAACAACCCGAUUUUAAUCCAGGAGCGGUAGAUCUCGCUCAGACUUCGAGCAACGCCACCAAGUCUGCUGCGAAGAACGGCAAGGGUAAAGGCAAGAACAAACGCAUUGCCGAAGACAUGCCUGAAGGUGCUUUGAUGAACUUCAUUGCAGCAAGCGAGUUGCGAAAGGAUGGCAAGCUCAAGCGAAGUAGCUCUGGAUCGGCGAAGACUAUCCGACGCAAAAGCGGAGGUAAGAGAAGAGAUACCAGUUCUUCAGAAGAAUCACCGCACGAGAGGAUAGCAGCGGCCCCAGCUUUGGCUCUGUCCGACGACUCAGACGACGAUCUUCUUGCUGGUGGCAUCGACUUUCGGUCGGCUGCCAUGGCCACAAAGAGGACGAAUGGCCACGGACGCAAAGGGACAAUGACGGCUACUUGGCUACACGAUUCAGCCAGUCACCCUAAAGGCCGCAGGCUCGGCGUUCGACGCCAGCCAUCUAGCGCUGCAUUGUUCUCUUCACCUCUUUGCAAUUCUUUGGUCGCCAAUGCAGCGGGACUGCCUGACGCGAGCGACCAGCGUGCUUUUGCGCUCGCUUCUGGAGGCGAAAGGCCGCAUCACACGCGAGCCGAGCAAGAUGGCCGCCCAUCCUGUUCGCCAGCCCGGACCGGAUGUGGUAUUGGCAAGCCACAUCCUUUGGUGGCAGCGUUGUUGGAGCAGCAUGCCGCUAGCGGAGAUGACGAGAGUGCGCCACGGGACGCGAUAGAAGCUGCCGACGCGGCGAUGCUCGUGGACGGCGGCACAUCCGAUGUGGAAGACAGCUUUGAUGAUCUUGAGCCGCUCCCGCUUUUGGGCACUCAGGAUCCAGUGAACGUCCUCGACACACCUCCGUUGCCAGCAGGCCCAACCAUUGGAACCGCGCCGAAGUCGGCUUUCGACAGUGGCAAAGGGGCAACUACACGCACGCAAGGCGACUCGACAAAAAAUGCCUUGCUGACUUCGGACGACACACCAUUCAAACCUCAGGUGCGGCGUUUCCCGGCCCGGCCUAAUGCCCCUGGCUCGUCACCCCUCCAAAUGCCGCCUCCCGCCGCACGACCGAAGAAACGCCUGCGUCGAGGUGUGGCGGGGUGGGACUCUGAUCAGCCUGAUGCAGGAGAUGGAAUUGUUUGCAAGGAUCGACCUCGUGGAGGAGGAGCGUCAUCCUCGAAGCCAGCUGCAGUGGGCAGCCGUGCCGCUUGUCAGGCGAACGGGCCAAAGAAACACAAGAGGCAGAAGAAGCGCAUCUCGAACUCGCCGACCAGCCGGAUGCUCUUUCGCCGGUCCGCAGAGCGUGACACGGAUGAAGAGAUCCACCGUGAGCUUGACGAGAACGACGAGGGUCUGGACACGGAAGACGACGCGGACUCGAGCGACCGCGAGCAUGUGGGUCACUUUCAGCCCACCCAGGCUCCUCGAGGCUACAAUCAACAAGCAAUGUACGCGCAAUCGCUGCUGUGAGUCGAUAGGUCGCAAGGGUGCCCGUGAUACGAAGCGAUCAAGCUGACCCAUGAAAGACCUUCAACGGUGCAGGACACAAGCCGCGCCAAAAAUGGGCCUGGAUCGCCCGCAGCGCAAAGCAGAGUUCUACGGUGGUCGCUACGGAGCGCUUGCCUCCGACGAGCACGAAGAGUCUCCGAUCCGCGCAGCGCGAGGGUCGCACCGCCAGCGCCGAGAGACCGAGAGCACGCAUGCUGAAGAGCCAAGUGAUUCCGAGGACAAUUACGAACUCGGCUCCUUCAUCGUCUCGGAUCAUGAGCAAGUGAGUGCCUGACGCUGCAUUUCGUUUGCAGCUCAUGCGCUGACUGCUACCCAACCCAAAGAUCGAGAUGGCGAGCUCGAGCCAAAGACUUCCCCAGACUAGCUCCCAAUGA